AUGGUAAUCAUCCACCAGCUGGAGUUAGACGAGACGAGCAUUGGUUUGGAACCGAACCCGGAGACGUUGGCUAAGGCACUGGCACUUGUGUCGGACCACGUGGACCUGCUGCUGGAAGACUGGUACCCAUCGCUUGGAACACGAUUUGUACACACAUCAGAGGGGCGAUGUCUCAUUACGCGGCUUGUGCCGUGCCCGCUGUGUUUACGCGACGCCGAAAACGCCGAAAAUGUUGACAACGCCGACAAUAUUCACCACGCCAGAAAUGUAGACCAUGCUGGAAAUGUCGAUCACGCCGAACACGUAGAGCACGCCGAGCAGGCGCUCGCUCUCGAGUUGGAUGGUGGCAUUCGCCGUUUGUCGGAGGAGUCUCGUGCUUCAGACCGGGAUAGUGGCGUCGGAGCAGAAUCCAACGCAUCGUCUCGAAUGGGUUCUGUGGAGGGUCGCGUGGAUAUGGUAGCGGGGGGUGGGGGGGCGAACGGGUCUGGGGGCACGUUAUGUUGCGCGUGGGCAUUGGAAGAGUGCAUACUAUGCGCGUGCACUGGCACCGCGCCCUUAUUACUGGACGUCGAAGAAGAUAAGCGUGCCCGUUGGGAGGACAUAACUCGUACGUGUGUCGCGGGGCGGGGGGCGUUCGGUACUGUGUUGGCAGGGGUGUGGCGGCGCGGGGGGAGGGGAGAACAGAUACCGGUCGCUGUGAAGGCGUUACAACCGGUACCACCGCCGCCCGCUAGCGAUAUUAGUCAGCAUCAGGCUUACAAGGGUGCGUUGGACGGUGUCUUGCGUCAGUACCGUGGUUGCGGCGCACGCGUCAGUGAACGUGUUGUACGAGCGCUCGCACUUCAACUUGCCAAAGCACUAGAAUAUCUGCACGCCGCGCGCGUACUGUACAGAGAUCUCAAGGUUAGUAUCAGUCGAAUGGCGCCGCCGUCCGGCACAAAAGGAUUCGGUGGCACCGAGGGGUUUAUGGCGCCAGAGAUAAUGAGGUACAACGGCGAGGAGGAGUAUAAUGAGAAGGUGGAUUGUUUCUCUUACGGGAUGGUGUUAUACGAGAUGAUAUCUUUGCGGCAACCGUUUGAAGGCCACGAAGCUGUUAAGGAGGCUGUAUUAGAAGGCGCAAGGCCAGCACUCACCAACAGGGUACGGUAG